ACAUGAGGAGGUCAAACCUGCCUUCACAGUUAAACCUGAUAGAUCAAUAAAUAGGUGACAUUCUAUUUAAAUCUUGCAAAAGUGCAAAUUUUGUGACGAUUGAACCAUAAAACACGUAGCAAAAUGCCGGUGGGUGUUUUUCACAGUUUUAACAAUCCAUUAUUUGGAAAAUUUGCCUUCUAUACCGGUAUCGUCAUCGGAAAAACUUUAUUGAUGAGUGCACUCACAUCCCGGUCAAGACUGACCAACAAGAUAUUUAUUAAUCCCGAGGAUGCUGCAAAGUUUGGUGGUAAAGGUACUACAGUAAUUAACGCAGACCAGAGAGUUGAGAGAAUUCGCAGAUGCCAUCAGAAUGACAUCGAGAACGUUCUGCCCUUCGUGUUGAUAGGUUUGUUGUAUCUUGUCACUGACCCCGAUCCAUGGUUGGCCACUCAGCUGUUCCGGACCUUUGCCCUGUCCCGCUGCCUUCACACAGUGUGCUAUUUGGUGCCACUUCCUCAGCCCUCACGUGCUAUGAUGUGUUCGAUAGGCUGGUGUGUGACUGCUUUCAUGACUGUUGCUGUCAUCCGUGCUGGAGGAAUUUAGAAUUUGAAGAGAACUUCAUUCAUAACAUUUAAAGACAAUUAACCCUGCAUUGAUGUAAUGACUAUAAGGAAACAUGGAAGUGGUUUGUGAUAAUGGAUACUAAAUUGUAUUCCUGAUGAUUUAUUAAAGGCUACACGGUUCAAA